CCGCAAUUGUCUGGUCUUCUUGAAAAAUAACCAUGUCGGAGUCUGCGCGCAAGAAGCAGCGCGUCGGUUCGCGCACAUCUGAAGGGGCGGCCGACAACAGCGGGACCAUCUACGCAGAUCUGCAACGCCUCGCGACCGCUGCUCCAAAGCCCGUCACUCCUUUCCGACGUGCUGUCAGCGUCACUCCGACACCCGGCAGCAGACCAAUUCGUACGCCAGGUACCGGGAGAACGCCCCGAGGCGGACCCGCUACGCGUCCUACCCCCAUCCGACGAAACGCGCCGACUACUCCGCAUGCGAUUCGCGCUUUGAGGGAGCGCGCAAAUGCGGCGAGGACCCCGGGGCGGAGGAGAAGCGGGAGGACACAGAGAGAGACACCGCGGGAUAUUCUGCGAGAUCUGAGUCGAGUACUUGCGCGCGACACCCGGCCCGUCCAGCCUUCUCCGCAAGAACAACAGCGUCGCCCUCGACAUUCCGCGCUCGAUCUCCCAGAUGUGGACGAUGGCCCCGAUCCUGCUGUACCGCGCCUUUCCAUGCCGCUGGAGGAUAUGUACGACGAUGAUAGUUUCCACGAAGCUCCUCCGCGGCAAUCGCUCCUUCCCAACCUACCAGACGAUGUAGAUAACGGAACCAUUCAAUCGCUUGAAUUUGGAAGACGGGCAAUUAGCGAGGAUCCGCGGAUGAUGUUCACAACCAGGGUCAGCGAGCGAUUCGCGGAUAUCAAUGAAUUGGGCAUAGACGGGGAGGAGUACGAAGUCGAUGGGACGUUCAUUAACCGCAGACGUACGCUCAACCCGGAUGAGCUGCUUGAGGAUGUGGCAGAGGAAGACUUAGAUGAUACGACCACGGAGAUACGAGCUUUGACAGGGCGACGAGAUGGACGACCAAGCGAUGUCGACCUGGGCGUGUUCGGCGAAAUGGACGACGAUACGGAAGAGCCCACAUUCAGGUUUACCAUUCCACCGCGCAUGCAAGCUCAAGCCCGAGACGGAGCGCGAGAGGACACGCAAGAAAGGGUGCAAGAGAUGGGCGCGCAGAUAGACGGAGAUGAGGAUGAUAUUCAAGCUGGGGCCGGGGAAGAUCAGGAAGAAACUGCUGUUAUUCCAGGCGGCGAUGACGAUGACGACGAAGGCAGUUUUGGGAUCACCGGGUGGGAAUCAGAGCACGACAAUGCAGACGAUGCCGAUCUUCAAGCCUACCGCGGAGAAGUGUCCGCCUUCGACCGCAGCCUCCAAACACAAUCUCCCGAACGGCGUGCGACGAAACAGCGCGCAGAUCGACAGCGCAGGGCCCUCAACAUCUCCAGGUUCGGCCAUGAAUAUCCCUCGUUCCCCGCGGCUACAGUCAAAACCCUCGCAACGGGCUUUGCGAAGUCUCAAGGCAGCAAGGCCAAGAUCAGCAAAGACACUCUCGCAGUACUAGUGCAGACUUCAGAUUUCUUCUUCGAGCAAAUAGGCGAGGAUCUAGCGGCGUAUGCACAGCAUGGUGGAAGGAAAGUGAUCGAAGAAAGCGACGUUAUCGCUCUAAUGAAGAGGUAUGUUACAGUUUACAUUUACUGUACAGAUGUCUACAUUUGUCCAAUAAGGCGGCUGACCCUUCUUUCUUAGGACACGCCAGAUUACAAGUAAUAGCACAUCGUUCUCCCUGGCGCAGAAAUUGCUGCCAAGGGAACUGCUACAGCAGCUUCGAA